AUGUUCCUUAGAAAACCAGAAAUUCGGAAAGAUUUGAAAUUUCGCAAUAAAAUCUCAAAUGAACUGCCGUUUUCUUCGAUGCACGAUGUAGCAUCUUCUUUAAAGAAAAAACUUUUGAGUUGUUUGGAGAAUCCCCAUCUAAGAAGAUGGUGCACUUACGAGUGGUUCUACAGUGCCAUUGAUUAUCCGUGGUUUGCUAAGAGGGAGUUUGUUGAAUAUUUGUACCAUGUUGGACUUGGUCACGUGGCAAGGUUGACUCGUGUCGAGUGGGGUGUCAUAAGAAGUUCUCUGGGCAAGCCUCGGCGAUUUUCAGAGCAGUUCCUGAGGGAGGAAAAGCAGAAGCUUAGUCAGUAUCGAGAUUCUGUUAGAAAACACUACAGUGAGCUUCGUGAAGGAGUUCGGGAAGGACUGCCAACUGACCUUGCACGGCCUUUAUCAGUUGGACAGCGUGUCAUUGCUAUCCAUCCAAAAACAAGGGAAAUUCAUGAUGGAAGAGUGCUGACGGUCGAUCACUCUAGAUGUCGGGUUCAAUUUGACCAGCUUGAACUCGGGGUGGAAUUUGUCAUGGAUAUUGACUGCACACCAUUGGACCCUUACGAGAAUAUGCCUGCACUGCUUGGGAGACAGAGAAUUGCCGUUGACAAGUUUUUUGAAAAUUUCAACAAAAUGAAAAUAAAUGAGCGACCACAAGAACUUAUGAAACUUGGCCCUGGUGAUAAUGUGGGUAACAGUGUGGGUAUUUUGCAGUUGCCUCCAGCAGGACCUGAAAGUUUCUUGAAGCAGACAAAGGUGGCUACUGCAAAUGCUGAUUUGCAAUCGAGGACAGGGUUGGAAACUACUGGUUACCCAAAAACGACAUAUUUUCAAAUCCAGGCAAAGGAAGCUGAUGUCCGAGCUCUGGCUGAGUUGACUCGUGCUCUGGAUAGAAAGGAAGCUGUUGUUCUGGAGUUGAGGCGUUUGAAUGAUGAUGUGUUUGAAAAUCAAAAGGAUGGUGAUAGCUUUUUGAAGGGCUCUGAGUCAUUUAGAAAGCAUUAUGCGGCAGUACUUAUACAAUUGAAUGAAACCAAUGAACAGGUUUCAUCUGCUCUGUAUUGCUUGAGACAGAGAAACACAUAUCAAGGUAGCAUUCCACUUGCAUUGCCUAGGACCUUAAGCUAUUCUGCUGAUCCUAGUGAUGGAUUUUCUCUAGACGGUGCGUCAUGUCAAACUCAUGAACCAGAUUCUCACGCGAAUGAGAUCAUAGAUAGCUCAGCAACAAAAGCCAGGGCAAUGGUAGCUGCAGCCGUGCAGGCAGUUUCAUCUUUCCAUGGUAAGGAUAACACGGCUGAGAAAAAUGACGAAGCUAUAGACUAUGUAAACGAUCAGCUACGCUCGGAUGAUUCCACAAUACCAAUGCCACAUGAUGCGAAACAAGAGGAUAUCUCUGGCCUCAAUAUACAAAUUCCUUCGGAGCUGAUCUCUAAAUGUGUUGCGACUUUGCUUGUGAUUCAGAAAUGUACAGAACGGCAGUUUCCUCCUUCUGAUGUGGCACAAAUAUUAGAUUCUGCCGUCACAAACUUACAACCACGCAGUUCACAAAACCUUCCUGUUUACAACGAGAUACAAAAGCACUUUUUGUUGACUCGUGGAUCUGCGUUGCUAGUGCAUGACCUUCAAUGGAUGAAGAAAGGUUGA